GCUCCCGGGCGCCCGCCUCCCUCCUUCGCGGACUGUCUCCCGACUCGCCGGCUGAGAGCCCUUUUUGACUGCGAGCGGCGGUAGCGGAGCAGAGGCGGCGGCGCGGGACCUGCAGUCGCCCGGGAUUCCCUCCAGGUGACGAUGCUCUGGUUCUCCGGCGUCAGGGCUCUGGCUGAGCGUCCCUGCCGGCGCUCGCCCGGGAUUACCUGCUGCGUCUUGCUGCUGCUCAAUUGCUCGGGGCUCCCCAUGUCUCUGGCUUCCUCCUUCUUGACAGGUUCUGUUGCAAAGUGUGAAAAUGAAGGUGAAGUCCUCCAGAUUCCAUUUAUCACAGACAAUCCUUGUAUAAUGUGUGUCUGCUUGAACAAGGAAGUGACCUGUAAGAGAGAGAAGUGCCCCGUGCUGUCGAGAGACUGUGCCCUCGCCAUCAAGCAGAGGGGAGCCUGUUGUGAGCGGUGCAAAGGUUGCACCUAUGAAGGAAAUACCUAUAACAGCUCCUUCAGAUGGCAGAGUCCUGCACAACCCUGUGCUCUACGUCAGUGCCAGGAAGGUGUUGUCACAGAGUCUGAGCUGCGAUGUGUUGUGCAUUGUAAAAACCCUUCCAAGCAUCUGGGAACGUGCUGCCCCACCUGUCCAGGCUGUGUGUUUGAGGGUGUGCAGUACCGAGAAGGGGAGGAAUUUCAGCCAGAAGGAAAUAAAUGUACCAGGUGUUCCUGUGUUAACUUCUUUUUCUUCUACUGACCCUCCAAAGCACCUUUCCUCAAAUUCUCUACCCAACAAGGUCC